AUGGCUCCGAACCCGCCAGAGCCACAGUCCGGGGGUCAAAUAUGCGCGACGAGGGACAUGGUUGCCUUUUGUUUCGACGUUCUCAUCGGGAAAUUGACAAAUCAAACGGCCCAGUGCCCCGUGUCAAUUUCGCCGGCUGCGAAAUAUCCGCUUUUUGUCACCUGGAAGAAGGGCAGUGACAAACGGUUGCGGGGAUGCAUAGGCACCUUUUCUAACUUGAGCCUGCCGAAAGGUAUCCGGGAAUAUGCGCUGACCAGCGCGUUUAAUGAUUCUCGCUUCGAUCCGAUACACUUCUCGGAAUUGGAGCAGCUGCAUUGUGGGGUGUCGUUGUUGGUCGAGUUUGAGGAUGCUAGAGAUUAUUUGGAUUGGGAGGUAGGUGUCCAUGGGAUCAGAAUCCACUACCACAUCGAUGGACACGACUACUCGGCUGUGUUUCUGCCUGAAGUCGCGCCAGAAUGCGGCUGGGGCCAUGUUGAAACCGUCGACAAUCUCAUCAAAAAAGGCGGCUAUCGGGGCCGGAUCAGCGAGGAUAUCCGACGGGCCCUAAAAGUUGUCCGAUUCCAAUCGAGCAAGCUGACCAUGAGUUAUCAGGACUAUCUCGCCUAUCAAGCCGUUCACCGG